UGCCGGGAUCUGACGAUGAACGGCCCAAGUUACACACCGAAUUACUACAGUUUGGAUGAUAUUACGGUCACCCAGGAACGCGUACCAUGCCGCACGCUACAGGAUCUGUAUAUGAUGGGCUUUUUGGAUCCUUCGGAGAAGACCUCCAACCUGUCGAGCGAUCACACGAUAGAACUUCCGCUGUGGGUGGUUUUGCAGCAAGACGAGAGGAACCCCCAUUUUGAGACUCAAACACCGGACAUUUAUAGUGCGGCGUACAAAGAAAUCUACAAGGCCGAUGCGAACUACGUUGAGCUGGGAGCAUUGAAUAAAUUCUACUACGAGCUGGGUAUGUAUUUGACGCGCUUCGACACCGCCAACAGUGUGUCGGAAAUGCUUCUCAGCACGGCCCAGGAGCGACUGAAAGGACUGAAAGAUCUGUGCCAGAAUGUGGGCAACGAAAGCUUGAACGUUAACAGCAAGUUCGAGUUCAUGGAGCGGCUGCUGUUCAGUGAGGGCUGUAAGACGAACAAACUGUUCGACGAUUGGAUGCAGGAGAAACAGGUCCACAUUCGGUCGACCGAAAUAGCGGUAAACCUUCGGAAAAGGAAGCGAAGCCCCGAGGGCGAUCCAGAGGAAGAGCAAUAA